AUGUCUGACCGAUCAAUAGCUCCUGUGGGCCCACCUGACCCUUCUCUCCCUCCUGUCGGCUCCAAAAUCAAUUUCAAUGAGUCCCCCUCGCUCGAUUCACACGAGGUUUCACCCCCACCUGGACAAUCGGCCGACCACUCCGGAUUGACUUUCAACAUUCCAGUACCCGCUCACUUAAAACCAACUGGGACACCCGGAUCAAAGUUAUUGCAUAUCGAACGUAGUCAUGCUAGCUUCGAUUCUAAGUCGAUGUCCUUUUACCUCUAUGGUACAACUUACUUGGAGAAACUCAAUAGGAUUUUGGCCAUCGUUCAAGAUGAAGAUGCCUUCGAUAAGAAGCGCUUGAAUUAUCAAGGUCGGGAUGCUCGUUUUAGACAUGCUCUGAGAAAGGAAAAACGAUUGGUUCAGAUCGCAAAGGAACACAGGUGGACUGAAGAAGAUAUGUCAAUGGCCGAAAUGCUGAUCGAUAUGCCUGGCCCGUUUAGUCUACAUAAGAGCAUGUUCCUCAAGACCCUUCAAGAACAAGGCGACGAGGAACAACAAAAGAUGUUCACCCAACCUGCCGAAAAUUUCCAAAUCAUUGGAUGUUAUGCACAGACCGAGUUGGGACAUGGGUCCAACGUCCAAGGACUUGAAACUACGGCUACCUACGACAAGGCUACUCAAGAAUUCAUCAUACAUUCCCCAUCGUUGACCGCUUCGAAAUGGUGGAUUGGUGGUCUUGGUCGCGCUGCUGAUCACGCAGUCGUCAUGGCGCAGUUAUACACCAAUGGGAAAAAAUACGGUCCUCAUCCCUUCGUGGUACCCAAUCCGCGACAUCCAAACUCGCGACCCUUUACCUGGUACCAAACUACAGAUAAUGGGAUGAUCCUGUUUGACAAAGUCAGAAUUCCUCACAAUCAUUUACUCUCCCGAUUUUCCCGGGUCGAUCCACAUUCUGGUCAAUACAUCAAGCCUGAUAACGCUAAGUUGGCUUAUGGUACGAUGACUUACAUCCGAGCGGGGCUUGUCCAACAAGCUAGAAUGGUACUAGCUCGUUCGGCCAUAGUGGCUAUUCGAUAUUGCGCGAUCCGAAGACAGUUUGCGGACAAGGAUGCACCGCCAGCUGAAAACCCAGUGCUUGAUUACCAAAUGGUCCAAUAUCGCAUUUUUCCAAUCUUGGCACAAGCCUUUGCUUGUCAUUACACAGGGCUUGAAAUGUUUCGAUUAUAUAACGAGAGUCAAAAAAACAUGAGUGAAGGGGAUUUCUCAUUGCUCGCCGAUGUACAUGCCUCUUCAUCCGGACUCAAGUCCUUGUGCACCAUCAUGGCUGCGCAAGCAAUAGAAGAGUGCCGUCGAGCCUGCGGAGGUCAUGGUUUUUCACAAGCCUCUGGACUUGGGGCAUUAUAUGCAGACUAUCUACCUCAAGUGACCUGGGAAGGUGACAGCUACAUGAUCACUCAACAAACCGGUAGAUACCUCUUCAAAACCAUGCGCACCUUAUUUCAAGAUCGCAAUGCCAAGUUAUCUGCAGAAAACGUUACUGGGGAAUACAUUUUGAGGUACUUGGAAAAUCCCAACGAAAAAUCUAAAGUGGAAUACAGUGGAGAUUUCCAUGAUGUCCAAGCGUUCAUUUGGGCUUAUGGACAUCGGGCGGCAUUCCUGGUUGCCCAAGCAACCCGAAAGAGGGACAUUGAACGCCGAACCUGGAAUAGUCUUUUGGUAGACAUUUACCGAUGUUCCGUGGCGCAUUGUCAGUUUUUGAUGGUUAGAAACUUUGCACGAGUAUUGCUUUACGAUGAAGCACUCAAAGCCAAGCCUGCGCUUCAUCAUGUCAUUCAACUUGUUUUUGAGCUUUAUGCUUGUUACACGAUGGAUGUCGAAGCAAGCGAGUUCCUAGCAUCCGGAUACAUCAGUCCCAAACAACACAUCUUAUUAAGGAACCGGGUCUAUUCCUUAUUAGCUCAAAUCAGGCCAGAAGCAGUCGCCCUAUGUGACAGUUUUGCGGUCCCCGAUUACUUAUUAAACUCGGAAUUAGGUAGGUCAGAUGGAAACGUUUAUCAAAAAUUAAUCGAAUUCGCUUCUAAAGAGCCACUCAAUGCCGUCAAAUUUAACGUCAAUCCCUGGGAUAACGAACUCGCUAUUGGCGAACCUUCGUUGGCCAAAUUGUAA